AUGAGUCAUCCAAAUGAAUCAGGGAGCUCGACCAAUGGUCACUAUCACGGUUCAACCAGAGAUGCCCCAGAACAGCCCGGAAAUUCGAGUAGAUUCAAUGAUUUUCCUUCUUACAGAGGUGGCCACAGCGGGCGAGGUUACUACAAAGGAUCAGGCGGGCCAGCUAGGUUUGGACCAUAUGGCGACGGGUCUGACGUGAACGGUCCGGGAGCUUCAGGUCCCCAUCAGUCCUAUUCCGCUUACUCGAACUACAGAAACGACUAUUAUUAUGGCGGCCGUAGUGACACUAGCAGAUAUUAUAAUGGAAGGCCCAAUAGUGCCCAUCAAUUUUAUGGGCAAUCUGGUCGCCGCUACGGUCAAUCAGAACAUCAGUAUAACUACCAAGGCAGCGCUCGCAGAGCGUCUGAAGGGUACAGAGGAGGAAGGACCAACGGAAACUAUAACGCUCGUUACAAGUCAGUGCCUAAACCCUAUACCCCACGAGAAGGUCACAGAUAUUCACCGCAUCCGCACGAUAGCGGCAGUAAUACUCCCACGGACCAGUACAACCGUAGCCAUUCGCAGCCGAGUACAGAUGCCAAGCCCAUUAACGAGGAAUCGUCGCUUCGACCAAGCCCAAUCACAAAUAUCAAGAAGAGAGUUGAACAAGGAGAGUCAGGGUUCUUCUAUCUGACAGACCUGGAUAGGUCGACCGAUGAUCCCGCAAAGCUGGCCGAAAUUCGCGAGACGUUACGCGAAGGGGAGCGACUUGAUAAGGAUCUAGGAUCGCAUUGUCUGAAGAUGCUCAAGACCGAGUUGGAGCUUGAGCUUUUAACCACCCAAUGUGAAAGGGAUGCUUUGAAUGUCCAACUGACACAGGAAAAACUCGAUUCAUUACUGAUGCAAGGCUAG